AUGGAGCCAGGAAACCAAACUGGAGUGAAGGUGUUCAUUCUUGGGGGGCUACCAAACACCAACGAACUCCCUGCUCUGUUCUUCUUCAUCUUCGUGGUUGUCUACUUGUUGACAGUGCUGGGGAAUCUCCUGAUCUUCUUCACCAUCAUGUCCGAAGCCCAACUUCAUCGCCUCCCCAUGUAUUUCUUCCUCUGCCACCUCUCCCUACUUGACGCCUGUCUCUCCUCUGUCACAGUCCCCAAAAUCUUGGCUGGCUUCAUAGUGGCCAGAUAUAGAACCAUCUCUUUUACAGGCUGCAUAAUCCAACUCUACUCUUUCCACUUCCUGGCAAGCACCGAAUGUUUCCUUUACACUGUGAUGGCGUAUGACCGCUACCUUGCCAUCUGCCACCCAUUGAAUUAUGCCAUGCUCAUGAACAGGAAAAUCUGCUCUUGGCUUGCAGCUGGCACAUGGCUUACUGGUUCUGUCCAUGCCACUAUACAUGCCAGCCUAACCUUUCGUCUACCCUAUUGUGGCCCCAACCAAGUUGACUAUUUCUUUUGUGACAUACCCCCAGUGCUAAAGCUGGCCUGUGCUGACACCUCGGUGAACCACACCGUCAUUUUAGCUAACAUUGGAUUUGUAGCUGCUGGCUGUUUUAUGCUUAUAUGUGUCUCCUACGGUUACAUUGCAGUCGCCAUUUUGAAAAUCCAGACAAUGCAGGGAAGGCGUCGGGCCUUCUCCACAUGUAGCGCUCACCUCACAGUGGUGAUCCUAUAUUAUGGGCCUCCAAUGUUUAUAUAUAUGUUCCCCUCUUCAAGUGACUCCACUCAGGGGACACUGGCUGUAUUCUACACCAUCAUCACCCCCAUGUUGAACCCAUUCAUAUACACACUGAGGAACAAGGAAGUGAAAAGAGCUCUGUCCAAAUGGUUCAGUGGAUCCUCAGUUCUUCAGGAUUGA